UAAGACGACAGAUUUGAGUAGGUACGGGUUGUACCGAACUGGGCAGCCCUAUUAUUCUCACGACACUGAUAUAUUAUCGUACCAAUUCUGCAAUUCUCUUUCUGGGCCUUCUUGCAUAUUACCGGAGGUUCACUCAUACGGACUGUGUACACGUUGUCCGGAGGCUGCUACACACACCUCAGGCCCACCAGUGACCACCGGUGACAAAGCCUGAAAUUCUUUCACCACCCUUUCCUUUCACCAUGGGCAACAACCUGACAUACAUCCGGGCAGCCUCGGCUGAGGAAGACGCCCGAGACAUCCGGACGGCGGACGGUGCCUCUCACGAUGAGACCAACUACCCGCCCUCUCCAUCAAGCAGCCGGAGUACCUCUUCCUCUUCCGCCCACGACGACAACAUAGCACCCAACCCGACCGCGCCGUCGCGGCCGCCGCACCACCACAGCCCGAUGGUUGGCCUCAACUACCCGAUCUCGCCGCUAGAGCGGCAGUACGUGGCGCCUACGGGCGAGCUCGACGUGGCGGCACAGCUUGAGCGCGAGCCGCUCCCGAGGUCGCUGCACAGUUCGCUGCGUCGCGCGGCUGCGGGCCAGACGACGCGCCGCGUUGCCGCCGCUGAAGACGACGAGACUCGCGCCCGCAAACUCGCUGACGCGAAGAGGGAGCUGCUCGUCAUGGCGGGGCAGAUCUAAACUCGAGACAGCGCACCGGAGAGAGAGGGUGCGAGUGAAAGAAAGGCGAGGGAGGGGAACGAAAACGAGGGGUGGGGAUUAGCCCGUCGUCUGUCUGACCUUGGGGGUAGACCGGCGCCUAUUCCGGGGAUAUCUCCCCCCCGUCCCCCAUCCAGGUGAUGCACACCUACAAACACGGCACGGACGCUUG